AUGGAUUUGGAUCUGUGGAUCUCCCAGGUCAAGGAGGGCCAGCACCUCGCCGAGCACGAGCUUCAGUCUCUCUGCGAAUACGUGAAGGAGAUCCUCAUCGAAGAGUCGAACGUUCAACCGGUGAACAGCCCCGUGACGGUUUGCGGUGACAUCCAUGGGCAGUUCCAUGACCUGAUGAAGCUCUUCGCGACGGGGGGCCACGUCCCAGAGACGAACUAUAUUUUCAUGGGUGAUUUUGUGGACCGUGGCUUCAACAGCCUGGAGGUUUUCACCAUCCUAUUGCUACUAAAAGCGAGGUAUCCUGCACACAUAACCCUUCUGCGUGGAAAUCAUGAAAGUAGGCAGUUGACGCAGGUGUAUGGUUUCUAUGAUGAGUGUCAGAGGAAGUAUGGCAACGCCAAUGCAUGGCGGUAUUGCACUGAUGUUUUUGAUUACCUUACACUAUCAGCAAUCAUUAAUGGCCAAGUCCUCUGUGUUCAUGGUGGUCUUUCUCCCGAUGUACGUACUAUUGAUCAGAUACGAACGAUUGAUCGCAAUUGUGAAAUUCCCCAUGAAGGUCCUUUCUGCGAUCUUAUGUGGAGUGACCCUGAGGAGAUAGAGACAUGGGCUGUUAGUCCCCGUGGAGCAGGUUGGCUGUUUGGAUCGCGAGUCACAGCAGAGUUCAACUUUGUUAACGGUAUCGAGCUAGUUUGCCGGGCUCACCAGCUGGUCCAGGAAGGUUUAAAGUACAUGUUUCAGGAGAAGGGCCUUGUAACUGUGUGGUCUGCACCUAAUUAUUGCUACAGAUGUGGCAAUGUAGCUUCUAUAUUAAGCUUCGAUGAGAAGAUGGAAAGAGAUGUCAAGUUCUUCACAGAGACUGAGGAGAACAACCAGAUGCGAGGCCCAAGGACUGCAGUCCCAUAUUUCCUCUGA